AUGGGGCGUCAAGGAUUCCGCGGACACAUUCGAGCCUACCGCUAUACAAUAGUUGAAGGAAUGAAGGUUUACGAGGAUAUGGGUAUCGAGGAUGUUCGCCUGAUGACUAUCUUCAUAUUUACCCGCAUCUUCAACAUCAAUAUUUCGCGAAAUCUUUCUCUUAUUAUAUUCAAAGGAACGGCAAAUUGGAUAACAGCGUGGAUAGUACACGGCUUCAAGGACCAGCAGAUCGUUCAAGAGGUCAAAAUCAGCAAGACCCAUCCAAUUUUCACCAAUCCAAACAGCAAAAUUUCAUGGAUUUCGCAACGGGUAAGUUCCCCCUACUCUGCAUGAAGUUGGACCAGGAGCAAGGGAAGCCAGGCAACAUCAAGGCCGGGUACUUGACGCAAAUUCCAUUCGAUCAAGAUGUACCAGGCUGGCCUCGAGAGACCAGAGAUCAAUGGGCGAUUCUCAACCUCAAAACCGUUCUGGUCGCAAGAGGGGAUCGAGGUCACUUUACGGCUCCUCAAUUUGAAGCGUUCUACAAGUUUGGUAAAUAA